UGGAGGGGUUGGUUGGGGCAGAGUUGGAGCCGGACUCGGAGGGCGAGAGGGAGGCGCUGCCGGAGCCGGACUCUGAGGGCGAGGGGGAGGCGCUGCGGGAGCCGGACCAUAAGAGGGAGGGGGGGAAGCACAUCGAGACCAACCAGGCACAUCGAGCCAUCUCUCUCGAUGGAGAAAACCAAUCCGUCAGCUGCGCACAUGAAGGCGUUUCUUGCCGAGUUGAACGAUUUAGCUUCUCUGUUGACGGGGAAUACCAAACUAGCAGCUGCUCUCUUUGAUGUCAGAGAGGAAGACGACGAUAAGACGCCGCCCAUCUCAGAGCUCUUCUCGCAUCUGCAGCAAUACCUGUCCGAAUACAGAUCAAAGUUCCUCCAGCUUACAUCUGGUUCUAGAGUUGAUUUCUCAUUGUAUCAGGACUCGGAGGAUGAAGUUGAUUGGGAGCAUCUGGUGGCGACAUACUGGAGAGAAUUCAUUCGAUACAGACAUGACAAGGACUCUGCUGCUCACCUGGAGCUGGAGGAGGAGAUAGAGUCGGUGAAGAAAGCCAAGGAGCAGAUUUUCUUAGAGGAGCAACGGUUCGUCAACUACUCUACGGGGAAGGAGUCAGUAUGCCAUGGAAAUAAUUUCAAAUCUGGCACCAUGUUGAGCCCCAUGCUCUUCACGCACUGCACGCCCGGGUUACCUAUCGAUCAUCUUGGCGCUACCACCGGAACCAGCCUGCAGGUCUUCUCCUUCAAGAUCUCGGAGAUCAAGUGUGACUUGGAGUGGCCGCUCCUUGUGUAUGGAGUGGUCAAUGCCCGAGACAGCGUCGAUUGCAACCGCAACAUUCUCUUCUAUCGGACCAAUAUGAACUGCCAACUACUCACCCGAGAUGAGGCCGUCUCGGGGAAUUCUAGCUAUAAACCCGCUUGAGUUUGAAGUGCAACUAAGGGUGAGGGCAUUUCGAUGUCUCGGGACAAAACCUUGAUCAUGAAGAGAUACCAUUACUCCCAUGGUGAUGGUACUUUUCUUCGUAAUGUUUACUUUGACAAUUGCCUUUGCACAGCUCAGUUAAGCUUGGAACAAAUAGAGAACGCAGUCCAGGCCACUUUCUUGGGUGUCCGCAUCAUUAAAGGAGGAAGUUUCAGUUAUGGAGGACGAGUUGUGAUUAGCCAGGGUUCCACUAUGGAUGCCAAUGAGGUCGUCUUGCUCGAUUCUCGUGGAGAACUGCCAAUGGGCACGGACGGUCACAUUGAUCUGUCAAGGCGUGUGGUUUCUGUUGAAAUAAAUCCAGGGCAUGAAAAUUUAGAAGGCCUGAAAGUUGUCCUUGAAGCAUACUCGGAGUCUGGUCGGGGUAUUGCUGCACAAGGUGAUGUCAUGUUUAAGCCAAAACUUUGCAACAUAAGCCAAGCAACAUGUGACCUUAUUCCCCAGAAAGAAGAAGCUACAUGUGACCUUGGCGGCUAUCAGGUGGAGAUUACUGUUGCUUGGUCUGUCUCUGCUUCAAGCAGGACGUAUUUUUAGGGAUUGCUAGGGAUGGUGCUCAGGCAUGAAUCCUGUUAUGAAGUAUGAUAUCCUGUUUUACCACUGGUUUGUUUGUUGAAGCAUCUGUGUUUUGUAUAACUUAUUUGUGACUGGAUCAGUUAUGUAAGGGAGUACUAGAGUAUAACUUAUGCUGUGUCCUGAUUUGUGCAAUAACUUGUUUGUGUGUCAAGUAUUUGUGUUUUGAUUGUUGCAGCAUCUGUAGUAUGCAAAUGCCUGAACUUGUGCAGAUAUAUAUCAUGUUAUUGCUAGAAAGGGGGCGCGCGAGGCUGACCUGUGGCCC